UAGACAGGACCACAUAGCAACGACCGGAUAACCUGAGUUUCUGCAUAUCAUCUGGACGGAUUAUGACCAGUAAAGUCUCUUUUUUCAUGCAGCUUUCGAUAUCCGAGAACUUGGAUGGCGCUGGUCCACGUUCAGCGCUCGCCAACCCCCAGCAACUCCUCCAGUCCCUGCGUGUCGGAGUCAGGCAGUGGGGAGGACAACCGUCGCCCCCAGAGCAGGAGCAUCAGCGAGAGCUUCUUGACUGUUAAAGGUGCCGCCCUCUUCCUGCCCCGGGGAAAUGGAUCCUCCCCUUCCUCUGACUCUCGCAUCAGCCAGAGGAGCAAACAUACAGGUGACCUCCAGCAGCACCUGCAGAUCAUGUUCACCGUGUUGCGUCCCGAGGACAACAUCCGCCUGGCGGUGCGUCUGGAGAGCGCCUACCCCCAGAGCACGCGCUACAUGGUGGUGGUCUCCACCAAUGGGAGACAGGAUACAGAGGAGAGCGUGGUGCUCGGGGUAGACUUUGCCUCCUCUGAUUGCUCGUGUUCUGUUGGCUUGGUUCUGCCUCUGUGGAGUGACACUCUGAUACACUUGGAUGGAGAUGGGGGCUUCAGUGUGUCCACAGUCAACAGGGUCCAUGUCUUCAAGCCUGUCUCCGUGCAGGCUAUGUGGUCGGCCCUGCAGUCGCUCCACAAGGCGUGCGAGGUGGCCCGUUGCCAUAACUACUACCCCGGCAGUUUGUUCCUGACGUGGGUGAGCUACUACCAGAGCAGCGUGUCGUCUGACCAGCUGUGCAUCAACGAAUGGAACGCCAUGCAGGAUGUCCAGUCCCACCGCGCUGACUCUCCCAUCCUCUUCACCGAUGUGCCUACUGAGAGGGAGCGCACAGAGAGGCUCAUCAAGACACGCCUCAGGGAGAUCAUGAUGCAGAAAGACCUGGAGAAUGUCACGUCUAAGGAGAUCCGCACCGAGCUGGAGAUGCAGAUGGGGUGCAACCUGCGGGAGUUCAAGGAGUUCAUCGACAACGAGAUGAUCGUCAUCCUGGGCCAGAUGGACAGUCCCACCGAGAUCUUUGACCACGUCUUCCUGGGGUCAGAGUGGAACGCAUCCAACCUGGAGGAGCUGCAAAACAGCGGGGUGCGCUACAUCCUGAACGUAACUCGGGAGAUCGACAACUUCUUCCCGGGCCUGUUUGAGUACCACAACAUCCGCGUGUACGACGAGGAGGCCACCAACCUGCUGGAGUACUGGAACGACACCUUUAAGUUCAUCUCCAAGGCCAAGAAAGCAGGGGCCAAGUGUCUGGUCCACUGUAAGAUGGGCGUGAGUCGCUCUGCCUCCACCGUGAUCGCCUACGCCAUGAAGGAGUACGGCUGGGACCUGGACACGGCCUUGGACUACGUCAAGGAGCGCCGCGCCGUCACUAAGCCCAACCCCUCCUUCAUGAGGCAGCUGGAGGAGUACCAGGGCAUCCUGCUGGCCAGCAAACAGAGACACAACAAACUGUGGCGCUCCCGCUCCGACAGCGACCUAUCAGAGCGACACCAACGGUUAUGCAAGCCCGCCCCCGAUGCGCCGGCCCACUCCCACCCCGAGAACAACAACAACCAUGCCCCGCCCUCCCUGCAUCACUUCCUGGGCGCGGCCGUGUUACAGGCCUUGAGGGCCGAGCCGCAGGAUUCCAGCUCGCCGCCCUCAGACACGCCCUCAGACACCCGCGUGCAUGCCUCCUGCCCGCCCGUCUCCAACGGUCACGGUGAGCUCCGGGGGCGUGUCCGCACUCAGGACCCCGUACUCCCUCACCGGCCCAGGCCUCGGGCGGCCACGGUAGUGCCUGUGGAGAGACGAGACAAUGCCUCCCUGAAGGCAACCCUGGCCCUGGUCACCCCUCACCCUCCUCGGGCCCUCCACAUCCUGCCCCCCUCCACCCAGACGCCUCCAAGGCUGUCCAGCCCCCCCCCGCCUGAGCACAAGGGCCUCCCCGCGGGCCUGUCCCUGGAUCUGCCCGAUCCCAGCAGCUCGGAGGAGACGUCCAGCGAAGCGGAGACGCCAGGUAGCUCUCUGUCAGAGCUGGUCAGCGAGAGGCUGGACAGCACUGGGUCUGUCCCCAUGGCGGUCAGUCCUCUCAGCUCUACAGCCACGCCCCUCCAGGGCCCCUUCCCCAGCAACGACUACAACAACAACAACCCCAUUCAGGCCCAGGCAGACGGCCUCCUGGACAGCCCCACAGACAGGUCGUCCAGCCCCACAGGCAGGUCCUCCAGCCCCACAGACAGGUCCUCCAGCCCCACAGACAGGUCGUCCAGCCCCACAGGCAGGUCCUCCAGCCCCACAGACAGGUCCUCCAGCCCCACAGACAGGUCCUCCAGCCUCAGCACCGACAGCAUCGACUUUGUCAGCGCCAGAGAGAAGUUCCUGGGCCUGUCCCAGGACGACAGGACGCGCUCCCUGUCCGAGGAGGGACCUCAGCGGACCCGGCCGUCCUCGGAGGAGCCCAGUCCACAUGAAGACCCUGAGCAGGAGAAGAUCUCUCCUCAUGCUGAUGACGGUGUGGACAGACCCACCCAGGACAAAUCCUCACACCUUCAUCACAAUCAUCCUCAUGACAACGGAGUGUCAGUCCGCCACAUCGUCACGGAGAUCGAGUCCAUCACCCACCCGCCCCCCCCGCAGCCCCCAGCAGCCUCGCCCGGACCCCGGCGAAGAGGACCGGAGACGGGCGAGGUCACGCGGGGGUCGCUGACCCCUCCCUUCUACCCACAGUCCCCCUCCACGCCGCCCCCGGAUUGGCCGGUGGGCUCGGUGCGCCGGGUGACCAAGCAGCUGGAGCGAAGGCUGAGGCAGGAACUGGACGCGCCGGCACUUCCUGGCCAGCGUUCGCCGGAGCAGCCCCCUCCCCGCUCCCCACUGUGCCCAGCAGGAGCCGACCUGUGCUCUCCCCUGCCCUCCCCCAGUGCUGAGGCACCCCCGCCUGCCCGCUCGCCCCUGCCCUCCCCCAGCGUCCCCGCUCACACACCCAACACGGACUGCCCGUCCGGGCUCCGUGCCAACUGCCCCGACCUCCUCCUCCUCCCCUGCCCCUCUCAGCCCACUCUGCCCCUCUCUACCGGAGCCACCCAUGGCACCCAGCCGGGCCCCAGCCAGCCGUCUCCACCCAGAGAUGGAGAGGUGAUGAACACAGACUCCAAGAGAGGCCUCAGCGGCUUCUCAGACAUGGACACCCUCCCUGAUCCCCACCCGGAGCCUUCGCCCAUCAUCCUCCAGCCAUCCCUGGAUCCCCACCCCGAGCCCCUGGCCUCCCCAGGGGCCCUGCUGUGGCUGGAGGGGGUGACGUUCCUGGACUCUGAGACCGACCCGGACCCCCCCUGUGACCCCCUGGCCAGACUGGCACCAGGCAGCCAAGAGCUGGAGAGGAUCCAGGAGACUCUGAGGGAGCUGCAGGCCUUCCUGUACGAGGCUGGCGGUCCGGCGGGGGCCCCAGAGAGCCUGGAGCAGGACUCGGUGCAGGCCGAAAGGGCCCAGGCGAUGGGGCCGGACAGUGAGCGGGAGCUGGGUCGGGGUCCUGGUCCGAGGCGGCCCCCCAGGGAGCCCCCGGUGUGGCAGAGAGCCAUGGAGAUUGAGGCUCGGAUCCGCCAGGCGGGCCUCACGCCCCCCUCCCUGAUGAAACGCUCCGCCUCCCUGGCCAAGCUGGACUGCCUGGAGCUCUCCACCAACGACCUGAGCGACUGGGAGCUCUGCCCCACCCCUUACCUCCACGCCGCCUCCUCCGUAGCCCCUCAGGACCCCCCCUCCGCGGCCCACCCCCACCCCAGCCCCGACGACGUGUGGAAGAAGCAGCGCGUGCUGUCCCAAAGCCCCCCCUGCAGCCUCAGGGGCCAGACUGUCAGGGCCGGGGGCGGGGUGGGGCAGCACCAGGGGGGGUUCCCUCACCCUCCCUCGUCCCUCCCCGACUCCUCUCAGCCCUCUCCCCCAGGCCGACCUCCCCAGCAGGGGGGAGGGGGAGAGGAAGGCUCCCCGGACUCCUGGCAGGCCUCCCGUAGCGCCCCGGCCCCCGCCGUGACGUCAGGGCGCCAGCAGGGGAAGGGCCACCCGCCUCGGAGGCUCCGCAAGGCCGCCGACAAGAAACGGACUAACACUGUGCUCUACAACACCAUGUGACCUCACGGGCGCUAGCCUCUCUGCGUGUGUGUGUGUGUGUUUGAGAGCACGUUCCCACGUGCAUGUGUUCUAUAUGCCCUAUCAUUAGGACUGCCUUGUAGUCACCUAGUGUAGUUAGCAGUGUUUGAUGGAUGGAUCUCUGGAUGUUUUUAUUCCAAGCCAGUGGGUGGGAGUAUAUAUGGGGUCAUGUCUGUUAAGAUGAAUGGGUCAUACUGGAUGCUAUGUAAGUAUAGUCACAUACUGUGUGUGUAUGUUUGUGUGUGUUCCAUCAUUCGCCCUGCCCCCCCCCCCACCCCCACACACAACCUGUUUAUGGGUUAUAAACAUUUUUGUAAGGUCAAAUGAGAGGGUUGUUUUCUGUAAACAUGCACUUUUACUCUCUCAUUUCGAUUAGGUUUGUUUUCCGUUUUUAAAUUUCUUUUUUAUUCAUAAAAUUAAUUUUGUUUGUACCCGGGAGUGUUUUCUUUUGCACUGAAUCUUAGUUUGACUGUCUGUGUGUAUAUACUGUAUACAUAUAGAGAUAUAGACAUAUAGAGAUAUAUGUGUGUGUUCUGUUUUGUACAGAACUGUAAAGUUUUAUGUCCUUAUUCUUGUUCUGAACUGGACGAACAUAUAAUUUUUUUAUUCUUUGUUUUAGCUGUGACUGUUAAAGGAACUAAAUGGCAUACCUCCUGA